AUGGGAGGCUUCGUCGUCAUCUACGGCUUAAUCAGUUAUUUCGUAAAGGAGCGCAUUUACUUGUCGGAGCCUUUGUUGGCCGUCACAGUUGGCAUUAUUAUAGGCCCACACGUUUUAAAUUGGGUCAAUCCGUACGAUUGGGCGAGUGAAAGCACUGUGAAUCAGGUGACGUAUGAACUCACACGCAUCGUGAUAGCUGUGCAAGUUCUUUUCACCGGGAUCGCAUUGCCGGAAAAAUAUGUGCAGAAGGAAUGGAAAAGUCUCUCUGUGCUUCUUGUGCUCAUUAUGACAAUCGCUUGGUUUAUUACGGCACUACUGAUCUGGGGUCUGGUAAAGAAUUUAACGUUUCUAGAGGCGUUGUGCAUUUCCUCCGCCGUGACGCCGACAGACCCAGUGUUGGCCAGCUCGAUCACUUCCGGCCAGUAUGCAGAGGAGCAUGUGCCUGAGAAUGUUAGGCAUAUCAUUCUUGCGGAAAGUGGCGCAAAUGAUGGUCUGGGAUUUCCAUUCAUGUUUUUAGCUGUCGUCUUGCUCGCCCGAACAGGUCAGGACCGUGGCGAGUCGGUUGGCGGUGAGGUAUGGCGAUGGUUUUAUGGAAUCGUUGUCUACGAUAUUGCUUUAUCAAUCGCAUAUGGGAUAGUCGUGGGCUACGUGGCACGCAAGUCCCUUCGUUGGGCUGCUGAGCACAAGCUGAUCGACAUGUCAAACUUUUUUGGCUAUGGAUUUGGCCUGGCCCUCUUUACGGUUGGCACAGCAGGCCUAUUUGGCACGGAUGACAUUCUCGCCUGCUUUGUGGUCGGCAAUGUAUUUACAUGGGACGACUGGUUCCGUCUGAGGCAGGAGGAGACGGACUUUCAAGAGAUUAUUGACAUGCUCUUGAACGUGGCGAUCUUCAUGUACAUUGGUAUGAUUAUACCCUGGCAAGAUUAUAGUAAUGAAGAACUUGGACUCUCAGGCUGGCGCAUGGUGUUACUAGGUAUCACGGUCAUUCUACUUCGUCGGCCACCGUGGGUACUAGCCACUCACAAGAUCAUCCCAGCCGUGCAUUCAUGGUCUCAGGGUGUAUUUAUGGGAUGGUUUGGACCUAUUGGCGUCGGUGCUGUGUACUAUAUUGAGGUUGCCAUUCGCUCUGUUCCUGAUGAUCACACACGCGAUCAUCUUCGGCGUAUUACGUCACCGGUCGUGUUAUUCUGUGUGUUUUCGUCUGUCCUCACACAUGGUAUCACUAUUCCAAUUACUUACUUUGGUCCUCGUGUGAUGAAACACACACACAAAAUGCGUCUGUUUCCUCGUCUUACGAAGGGGUCGCAACCAAAAACAUUCCUUGGCCGCUUUCUCAUGUGGGAAGAGCCUGAUGAAACAAGUACGCAUGAAAACGCGCUACCAUCAACUUCUGAACAUACUACCUCGCAAGAAGAGGGUCAUUCAACGCAUUACGAACCUUUGCAUAAUGGUCAUUUGCCAUUUUCUCGCGCUAAGGAGGGGCUUGAACCACCUGAUCUUCUCUUGUUGCGCCACCACUCUUAUCCACCCGUGCCAUCAUCGCAAAGAUCUUCAGCAGAUGCGAGGGUUGUCCCCUUUGACACGUCCGAGCGCAAGGGGUUCGCCUCCCCUGAUAAAGAGAUGCAGGAGUCAUCCAUCGCUCCGCCUGCACCAGCCGUUGUCCUAUGA